AUUAUACGAAAAGUGUACUGCUACUUUGUACCUCCUUCUUUUGGUCGGAUAAAACUUUGUCUACGAAUUUAUCAAUAAUACAAGUGGUGAUAUUUAUUUUAGUUUUAAUGUAUACGUUUAAGAAAUAAAAAUGUUCAGUACGUUAGUUUUGGGAUUUUGUGCUGUUCAAUUUGUUUUGUGUAUCGGACAUGAUUUUAAAGGUUUUGAUGAUACAAUUCUCUUUGGUAUAAAUUGGCCGGGUGCUCCAGAGAAUAUUGAGAAUUUGGUGGAUGGCGAUGUCAGUAAAUUAGAGAACAAAGAAGUAUUAAAAGUCACAACAUCAAAUAAUGAAAAGUAUGAGUGUCAUAUACCAGAAGUGAGUGUGAAAGAGUCUACAGGUAUAGAAGAAUACAAUGGGCCAACACCAAUUAAUCUGUUGAAGCCUUUAUUUGCCCAGAAGAUAUGUUCAUACCGGUUAGAGAGUUAUUGGAGUUAUGAAGUGUGCCAUGGAAGAUACAUUAGGCAGUACCAUGAGGAAAGAGAUGGUAAACAAGUUAAGACUCAGGAGUUUUACCUUGGCCAUUGGAGUAUGGAGAAGCAAGUUAAGUUGGAGUCAGACAUGAAGGCUGCUCAAGAAACCAAAGAAUUGCCAAAGACUACUAAAGUUGAGGGACUCGCUUUGCCAUAUGUGGAAAUGGUAUUUGAUGAAGGUACAGUAUGUGAUCUCAGUGGGAAACCUCGUCUUACACGAGUAUUGUAUGUUUGUUAUGCACAUGGAAAGCAUGAAGUGUAUUCAUUCAAAGAGACAUCAACAUGCGAAUAUGAGAUUAUAAUUCUGUCACCGUUAUUGUGUGAACAUCCACAGUUCAAACCGAAAGAUGUCAGUGAAAACAGUAUAGAUUGCUUUCCUAUGGGUGGAGCACCAAAGAAACCGAGGAAUUUGUUGAAAAUGGAAGUGGACAGUUUGAGGUUUCAUCAUCAGUCUAUUCGGCUAUCGAAUAAUGAUAAAGAACCUAAGGAUAUACUUGCUGUAUUGAAAGUUGAAAAGAUUGAUAAGGAUGGCGAGACACACCUCAAAUUUGAAUUGCACCCCCUCAACGAGGAUGAAGAUUUGGCAGACAGUGCCAGUAAAGUGACGAAAGUAGUAGACAAACCAAUGCCGGUGAUCAGCGACCAUUCACCGGUCCGCGCGUUCCUCAAUGGUGAAAAUUGUUUGAAUGGAGGUACAGGUUGGUGGAAGUACGAGUUUUGUUACGGCAAACACGUGAUCCAGUACCACGUGGACCGUGGAGGCGAGAAGACCACGCUGUUACUGGGGAAAUUCGAUGAGCAAGCACACCUUGAUUGGAUCAAGGAGAAUAGGGGAAAAAUGCCUAAACCACUUGAAUACCGAACAACGGUGUCCCACUUUUACUCCGGAGGCGAUGUUUGUGACAAGACUGGUAGGCCGCGACAGACAGAAGUCAAACUGAAAUGUCUAGAGAACUCAUCGAGUCCUGCCCAAGUCUCGCUUUAUUUGCUGGAACCCAGAACCUGUCACUACAUAUUAGGAGUGGAAUCGCCAUUGAUAUGUGAUAUACUACCGUUAGCGGACGAAAAUGGAUUGAUAAAGUCGGUUAAACCAGUCUCAACGACGCAGGAUACAAGUGUUGAUAAAGACGAUGCUGUCAGUAGUGAUUCUGAAUAUAAAGACGUGAAAAACUUUGGCAAUGAUUAGAAAAAUAUAUUAUUUAUUUUAAGAA